AUGGAUACGUUGAAUACACAGCCGAGUAAAAGCGAAAAUAGUGGAGAGUUUGAGAACACCGGAAUCCCUGAGAAUAGUGUGCCUGCAUGGAUAGAGCAUGAGCUCCUGGAAUGUGCUGCCCAGAUUUUUGAUGAUUUUAAAGACCUUCCUGCCCUGCAAGGCGAGAAAAAAGAGCUUCUAAAAUGGAUUUUUCUGCACAGAGUCUCUUUCCACGCAAAGGACAGCAUUUCUGUGAAAGGAGAUGAGUACAGCAAGUACGAGGACGAGAUAAAAAUGGCGUAUGAUGACGCAAAAAACGUGUGGGCGAAAGUAUCCAGCCUCGCUGCCCGUGCAGCCCGACCUUCGGAAUACUACCGAAUUCUGUGCAAUAAUUUCGUUUUUACGAUACUUCUCAACUGCGAUGAAAUGUCGAACUACAUAAAGCUCAAUGCAAAGCAGGCACUGAAAGCGUACUAUUUGUUGCACCCAAAACUUACCAACCCCGAAAUAACGGCUUCUUGCACGAACUCGAGUUCCUAUAUCCAGGCGGAAGAAGUGUGCAAAAUCGCUACAAGCCGCCUUCUGGAGGCAGACGAGUCAGGAGAGUGCAGACUAUCCCGGGCUCUCAGGAUACUCAAAAACUUCGCAGGAAAACUGUCCAAUUUCAACCCAGAAAAUCACACAGUUGAGUCUCGGCUUGACGAACUUGGCCUCACAGAAAAAGACGCAGAAGCCAUGUACUACUACUUAGAGUCUGGGCCCACUGCAGAUCGGAUUUUGAGCGUGCUCCAUUGCUCGGCCAUGAUACGCAAUCAUGGCGAUAGCGGCCUCAAAUCAGGCCCUCUUUACGAGCUUUUGUGCCCUUUCUUCUCCAAUGACUUCAAAAUUGAGGAGAGCGACUGGGAGAAAUCGAUCGAAACUGCGAUAACGUACGCCUGGAACCCGUCUAGAGACUUCCUGUCGGGGGAAGAGUACGUCUACGGGUUUUAUUCGGCUAUUUUUGACCUGGAAGGGAUCCACUUAAACCUUUUGGACCUAAUCAAAGAGCAAAGAAAUUCGCAGAUUGAUGAUCUUAUGUGCAUGGUAAGAAAAUCCUAUCCGCUGGAGAGAAUGUACUCCCGCAUAAAAGAAGGAGGGAUAAAAGAUGCAGAGUGGCUUUCUCAGAAGGGGUAUGAGGCCGGGAUCAGGCUCUACUAUAAGAUUCGGAUUGUUCACGGCCUUUUGUUUCGCUAUGCUUUUAUGCUUGCUGCUUUCCUAUUCCUCUCUAUUGUCUUUACAAUUAUCGUGUGCUUUGAGAUAAACAGCCCGCUUACGAUGAUUGAGCUGAAGAAAAUCCAAUAG